AUGGCGUUCCAGGUGCCGACUCAGGCACCUCGGCGGCGAGCAUCACAUUCACCACCUCAACGCCCGCCGUCGCUCGGUCUGCCGUCCCCAUCGUCAACCCCACAAGAUGAGGACGCCACACAAUGGGUGCUCUUUGCUCCGACCGCCCGUACGCAUACCACCUCGACAGAGCAUACACGCACCAUUGGAGCGUCACGUCUCAGUGAUUUUGGUUCCUUUGGCACAGCGACUCGAUCGGCGGUCGAGCACGAUGGGGACCACGCGAUCGCAGAGGAUGAGGAUGUGUUGGAAGACCACUUCGAUGAGGAUGGGACCGAGCUGGACAGCUUAGAUGAUGGACUGCAUGCCUUUCGGGCACCUUCCUUGCCUUCGGGAUCUCCAUCUUCUCCAGAUCAGGGUCCCCCGGCCAUGCUGCCCGCUCACGAUGGGCUCGGCAGCUUCCAGGCAUCGAGCCCCGUGGCACAGGCCCAACUGUGGCAGCACGAGCAAUAUAAUCCUCAGCGGCAGCAGACCGGGACCCAGUCCCGCCGACGGGCCAGUGUCCUGCGUCACGUGGACACGAUCAAUGAGCAAGAUAACCUCAUGGACCGAGAGCGCUGGCAAAGGAUAGAGCAGUGGCGAAUGGAUCAGAGUCGAGCACUUCUACAGGAGAUCGAGCGGGAAACUCGCCGUCAACGCCGGUCGAGCCGCGCGAGUAUGUCGGCCGUGCCACGCUCGGUAGAGUCUACACCUCUGGCAGCCACGCCGAAGAGCUCCGUGAAGAUCGAUACGUCGUCAACGGAAGCAGUUGCCGAGAUAGAUGAAUCAUUCUGGCGCCGCAUCACUCGCAAAGUGAUCGAAGAUCUCAUCGGGAUCGAUGACACUCUGCUUUCUGUCAUACUCGGAGAAACCCUACUGGUGGAGGUGCCGUCUGUGAACAAAGACUCACCGCCGCUGGACAUGGAGACCGUGCUGGCACGCGAACCCGAAGUCCCGCAAAUCGAGGCGCCUCUCUGGCAGAGCCGAGUCAUUCAGCGAAUUGCUCACGAGUUGGGGAUACUCGUGCACCAGCUCUGUGAGCAUCCUGGUGCCUUUACAUCCUAUUUCGAGUUGACAAAGGAUAUUUCAGGUGAGUAUGCAGGCAUGCCACUCAACCGUCUGGCGGACAGUACGUCCAUCAAGAAGUCUAGCGAAAGCGCCAACGCCCCACGGCCAUCUUCAAAUGAGACUCUCGCUGCCGAAUCGAUACCAUCCCUACAGUUCCACCCAACUCUAGGUGAUCCCAAUCCCGACCAUGAAGCCCAGUGGGGCAUUGAAGAUGAGGACCCUGUCGGUGGCGCGAGUGUUGCCGAGUCCGCUCGUCUACAACAGGAGCAAGAUUAUUGGGAGCGUGGCUUGGAUGUCAUGAUGGUCUUUCGUUAUCUUCGAAGUCGCUUCAGUCGCCGUGGGUACAUGUCCGGCGAGAAGCAGACUGCAACACCGUCCCCUCCACGUCACACACAGGACGCCUCGCGGAGGGCAGCCAUUAUUCGUCAGCAUCACCCCCUCGUUGCCCGUGCUCAUACCCGCUCGCAAACUCAGACCCGCCGACCAUCUCACAUCUCAGGAGUAUCAGGUUCUGCGGCACUCCCGGUGCCAUUGACCCGGCAGCACCUGCGUCGGCCAGGGUCGAGUUGUGCGAGUCAAAGCAAACUAUCGGGCGUCUCGAGUCAUCGUACGUUGACGGGUUCGAGUAGAAAUUACUGGGAUAUUGGGGGAUCUGUGGAUAGCAAUAGCGCCAUCGGUGUGGGAGCUGGACUCGGCACAUGGGCGGAAGCAUGA